AAACUGGAUGAACCUUCGGGAUGCAGAAACAGGGAAGAUCCUUUGGCAAGGAACAGAAGAUCUGUCUGUACCUGGAGUGGAGCAUGAAGCUCGAGUUCCUAAAAAAAUCCUGAAAUGCAAAGCAGUGUCUCGGGAGUUAAACUUUUCCUCAGCAGAGCAAAUGGAAAAAUUCCGCCUGGAACAGAAAGUUUAUUUCAAAGGGCAGUGUCUAGAAGAAUGGUUCUUUGAAUUCGGUUUUGUGAUUCCUAACUCCACAAACACUUGGCAGUCCUUGAUAGAGGCAGCACCUGAAUCACAGAUGAUGCCAGCUAACGUUUUAACUGGUAAUGUUAUUAUAGAAACCAAAUUCUAUGAUGACGAUCUUCUCGUAAGCACUUCCAGAGUGAGACUUUUCUACAUUUGAGAUGGGGCUUUUUGGAGCUGUUUUAGUUUUCCUCCAUACAGUUCUUGGUGCAGAACCCCCCGACUAUCCAGUGGAAGACACUCCUGUAGGCGGUGACCCCUGGGGACCAGCUCAACGUGGGUUGUGACCUUUGCCCAUCAGUUAUUUUGCUUUCUCCUCUGACAAGACCAGACCAAACCCUCAGAGACAGGACCAGCUGCUCAGCGAUGCACUGGGGAAAAGAGGCUGUCUCUGAACACGGGCAAACCGAUGGUCAUGGAGAACCAAUACUGUAAAUUAUGUUAGUCUCAUCCUUUGUACUUCUCUGGAUCCUGGUAUAAUCUCCCAUUUCCACUCACACUAAACUCUCAAUGCGUUUCAUUUUGGGGGGAUUAAGUUAACCUUUUCAUUUUUCUCAUGUUGUAGGUUUUUAACCUUUUACUGGAUUCCUGUGUAAUUGGUCCACACAUCCUCUUACCUGAACUUGUAAAAUAGACUGUGAUAUCACCUAAUGUAAUUAAAACAACUUUCUCAAUUAAAACAUUCCUACCGUCCAAAGAAGGGAAG